AUGAUAGUCUCCGAUGAAAAGGUUAUCUAUCUUCCUGGUGACAACGACAUAGGAGGCGAAGGUGGUGAACGAGUCACCAAUCGCCAUCUUGAGCGAUUCCACAGAAGUUUCUCAACAGACUUUGCGGUUUUAGCAGGGCGUCGUUUCCAGGCAUCCCACGAGAUCGAAAGAGAAGAGCCAAGAAUACUGGAAAAGUCAGAUGUUUUGCUACGACAUUUUCCAAUGGGUUCGCCAAUACCAUCCGUGGGAAAAUUCGGAGCGGAAAAUAUUGAAAUUCUUAUGCCCACGUGUUCCUACAGGAUGGGAGUCUAUAAAAUGGCAUAUGGUGCUCUUAUUCUUGGAGAAAACGACGAAUUCGAGUUCAUCCCCUUACACAUUCCAGGCCGCUUUCCUUUCCUCAUAAUUUACAUUUUGCUUUGUUUUCUAUGGCUUCUAUAUUUCUGUAUUGAAUAA